AUGAGCAGUUACUACGACGAUGACGAGGACAUUGACAUCCACGUCCGCCACCGGGGUCACUCACCUCGCCCCGUGCGCUAUGUUCAAAGCCCACCCAGGCCGCGAUACUAUCAGCCUGCCGAUCCUGGACCGAGCUGGCUUGCACCAGUCGAUCAUAACCGGACCACUGUGAUUGCCCGCUCACGCUCACGAUCUCGUGAUCGGCGUCUCGCGAGCCCACCUCAAGCUCCCGCUCAGCCUCAACCACAGCCUGUCAUAAUCAACAAUCAGUUUUACAAUGAGUACUCGUCUGAUGACAGCGAGUACGACAAGCGCAAUCGCCGUCGACAGGUCACUCGCGGGGCAAGGUCGCCUUCGAGCUCCGAGUCUCGCUCGCGGUCUAGGUCCAGGGAACGAUACCGAAGGGAGGCGCGUGAGCAGUUUGAAGCCGAGAGCGCCCGCAAGGAACUCGAGGCGCUGCGUCUCUCGCAGAGUCGAGAGAAGGCCGAGAAGAGCCUGGCUGACAAGUAUCGCGAUGAUGCUGAGCUCCAACGCGCUAAAAGAGAGCUCGAAGAAAUUAAGCGCAAAGAGGCUCAGCUUGCCGAGCAGAAGCGAAUCGAGGAGGAGCUGGAGCAUAGGCGCCUCAAGGAGGAGAGAGACGCCGCUGAAGAGAGAAAGCGCCUAAAGAAAGAGGCUGAAGCUGCCAUUGAGAGAUAUAAGCAGGAAGAGCGCGAGAGGCGGGAGAGGGAACAGGCAGAGAAGGAAGCUGCCGAGAAGGAAUACCAACGCCGGUUGCAGGAGGAUCUCAUCAAGUCUGGCGUUGACGAAAAGGCUAUAGCAGCCAUUAUGAAGAAGGAGAAGGUUCCGGAAACCGAGGCUGAAGCACCACCUCAACAACCUGGCGGUCGUGCGACGUACACUCGCAUGUUGCGCAAGCAUCUGUCCAUCGAAACGUUGAGGACCUACCACGUUGAAUGGGAAUAUGACGAUAAUCCUGACAGCAUCCUGAUCAAGCGUUGGGUUCCCGAAUGGGAGCAGGACCAACUGUGGAAGCAUACCCGUGACCUGCGCAAGACGCGCGGCAAAGCCCUACUCAUUGAGGAAAAGCGGCAUCAAGAGGAGGACCCCCGUUUCGAAUGGCUGGUGCGCGUCCGGCCUAGAGUCAGAUGGGUGGCGAUCAUGGAGUUCAAUAAGCAAUGGAUGACUUCUCCGUAA